AACAACCGAGCUUUCUUGCCAAAUCACACCAAGUCUCGCGCGAUUUGGACGGAGCGAUCGACUAUAGAUAGCAUCGUGAGCUAAUCGAUCGUUAGCAGACGUUAAAUCUUGACGCCCGCCAAAAACAAACAUUUACAAACACAGAGGAGCAGUCCGUGAUAUAAUCAAUGUGGGAUGACACAGUGGUCCAAACGCCCGACCUCUCCUGAAGGGCCAGUCCGUUGUGUUUGCCCAGCUCGUCGGUAACCGUGCUGCUGCUAAGAAGCUAGGUUGCUAACGUCCGUCGUUUUGGUGUCAGUACGGUAUAACCAGGAAGGAGGGACCAGGCGAACAGUCAGGCAGCCUGGCCUCAGAGGUUGCCCCACUUCUUUAAACAUUUAUUUGAGAAAAACCGAGCUCGUCCAUUCUGCUGAAAACGGAAAGAAAGGAAAAGAAUAUUGACACUGGCAUGAGCGCAAAGAUGUCGAAGGCUCCGGAUUCUCAUGCUCAGUCUCGCUCCAGAUCCAGAACCAGGUCCAGAUCCAGAUCCUACUCCAGAUCUCACUCUAGAAGCAACUCCCGCUCAAGAUCCAGAAAACGUCGCUAUAGUUCUAGGUCUCGUUCCCGCUCCCGUUCACACUCUCCAUCCUACAGAAACUAUCCUACCAGGGACUAUCAGAAUAACAGAGGUGGGUUCAGAGGCUACAACCGAGGCUACAGGAGGCCAUACCACUACCGAGGCAGAAACCGAGGCUAUUACCAACGUGGUCAUUACCAGAACAGAGGAGGAGGCGGUGGCUACAACUAUAAAGCCAACUGGCAGGGUGGUGGUGGAGGCUGGCACGAUCGCCACUAUGACCAGGACCACCACUCACACAGUCCAAGGAGGGGGCGCUCCCGCUCCCGCACACCCAGGAAGCGCUCAGGCAGCCGGAGCCGCUCUCGCUACUCUGAUCGCUCAUCGUCAGGCAGAUCUCGUCGUUCCAGACGCUCCAGCUACUCCUCUCGAUCCCGGUCCUCAUCCCCACGCCAUCGCAGCGGCAAGGGCAAGCCUGGCGCCAAGGAUGCUAAAGAAAAGCUAACAGAAAGUCAAGCAGAGAAACCAGGUCAAGCAGCAGAAGGCAGUGCCAUCGAGAAGGCAUCUGGGGGCAAGUGGAUUGACUAUGACGCCAGCCCCAAACGAACCAGCCCUAAGAAAGAGGAUGCUCCCUCUGGUUCCGAGAGCAAAGGGCCCGGGAGUGGCGGUCCUCUUUGGAAAACCAUCGGCAGCGCAACCCCUCCAGCCAAGAGCCCUACAAAGUCAGGACAAACUGCCUGUUUCAGCGGCUUUGGGUUCUUCUCAAAGGAAGAUGUCAAAGCUGGAGAUAAGACUGUGAUCUCUGCUGCCUUCAAAAAGUUCUUGGCUGAAAAUAAAAACAAAAAGCAGGCAGCUGAAAAGGAGAAUGGUCGUGAAAAGGAGCAGAGCACUGCAGACAGAGAAGUAGAGAAAGGAAGCAAACCAGCGGACCUUUUCAACAUGUCCGCUUCUUUCGGCGACUCCAAGGAAGACAAGACCCAUCCCUUCUUCGAUGCUGGAGAAGAGGAGUUCCUCAAGUCUCACGGGCUGAAAGACCGGGACAUUGAGGAAGAUGGCGAGAUCAAGCCAACCCUGACGGCUCGGGACAUUUUCGGGAAAUGGGGGGAUGAGCCAAGCUAUUCAACGUCCUACCCGUCAAUUAAGGAGAAAAGCCGGAGAGACGCUGAAGAGGCUGAGCCCAUAGAUCACAUGGAGGAGGAUUUGUACCGAAGCCGCAAGCAUAGCUCAAAGAAAGAGGAGAAAUCUAAGAAGAAGGAGAAGAAAGAAAAGUCCAGGAGGAGUCUGUCCCCUCCCACAACGUCUAGAGAGAAAGACCGCCCGCUGUUUCCUGGAGCUUUCCCUCCUCGUGAGGAGUCACCUUUACGACAUCCGUCGGCUUCAAGGGAGGACUUUGAGCUCAAAAUUGGGGCUUUGGGUGAAAUGCCCAGCUCCUCCCUGUCUAAAGAUCGCCUCAUGCCCCGAGAUCUGCUGAAUCCCUCUAAGAAAGAUCCAGAGUUUCGUUCCAUUUUCCAGCACAUUCAGUCAGCACAGCUCCGUCGUAGCCCCUCUGAGCUGUUCGCUCAGCACAUAGUCUCAAUUGUGCACUACAUCAAAGCUCAACACUUCCACUCCUCUGACAUAACUUUAAGUGAGCGGUUUGCCAUGUACCAAAGAAAAGCUGCAGAGGUAGAAAUGAUGAAGCCAAGGAAGAGCCCAGAAAUCCACAGGAGAAUCGAUGUUUCCCCCAGUGCCUUUAAGAGGCACUCUCACCUGUUUGAGGAUAUGGAGGAGACGAGCUACAAGGAUCCAAGUAAAAAGUUCAAAGGUGACGUGAUGGACCUUCGGCUGGAUAUUGAAAGACGUAAGAGGUUUGCAGGGAAAGACCGCGACUACAAGCGUGAAGGCGCCAGGAGCCCAGGAGGCUCCCGAGGACCGAGCAGAGAGAGAUCCUCUGAGAAAUCUGGGAAACACCACAAGAAAUCCAAGAAGGGUAAGAAGAAGCGGGAUCGCUCCCCGUCCUCCUCUUCCUCUUCAUCCUCUCCAUCCCCUUACCCUCCACCUUUCAGAGGUAAAGAGUACAUGGGAGAGGGGAUGGAGCACUCGGAGGAGGGCUACAGUCACUCACGUUAUCCUCCACGGGACUGCACUGGACCUGGAGACAGAGGCCCUCGAGAUUAUGAGGUCCACAGCACGGAGAGAGGCCGAGGCCGUGGAUUUUUCCCCAGAGUCAGAGGAAGAGGUUGGAACAGGGGAAACUAUCCAGGCAACAACAGCAAUGGAAACCCUGCCAAUAUGAAUCCUCCAGUGCGCCCUCCAGAGGAGGAGUGGGACCCUGAAUACACUCCCAAGAGCAGGAAGUAUUACCUGCAUGAUGAUCGUGAUGGAGAGAAGACCUGGAUUGACAACCGUGGAAGAGGCCGGGGUUCCUUCCCGGCUCGCCGGGGGCGCUUCGUUUACCGAAAGGGAGGCAGCAGCCCAAAGUGGACCCACGACAUGUUCCAGGGAGGAGAGGAGGGGGUGAUGGGAGAUGACAACAUAGAAGUAGACCACAAAGACACGAAGAGCGCUGGAGACGCCUCCGCCCCGAAGCAGUAAACUGCUCCACCUCAUCAGCGUCUCAGUGUCAGAGUGCUUACAGUGAUGAUGGAGUUAUUUUAAUUUUUUUCUCCCCUCCAGUUCAUCUCAUCAUUUAACGGUUAAUAUGUGUUUAGUUAAAGUAAAGAAAGAAAUGUAACUGACUUGAAUGCAACACUCGCUUACUUUUGUAUGUAAAAUGAGUUGAAAUUCAGUGUUUUUCAUACGUAAUGGUGAGUUUGAUUGGUUUUGUUCUCCAGCUGGAUGACUUAAAAUGUAUUAAGAGAGAGAUUACUGAGGCAACAAAGUUCAAAGAUGAAAAUUCUCUGAAAACAUAGCAUUGUGCCUUAGAAAAUAAAAAAUACAGUAGGGUGUACUUGUGUAAUCUGCCCCAGCUAUGGUGGGUACAACUCUGUAUGUCUGUCUGUCAGUGUAGUAAGGCAUUUGUGGGGUUUUUUUUUUUUUCCUCUCUGUUUUGGGCUGUGAUAAAUCUUUGAUGUGACUGCAUGAAACGUUUAAUUGAUACCUCACUCCAUGGGACCAAUCAGUAGUGGGCACAGACUCAUGAUUUGCCAUUUACAAAUGAUCAACAUAAAAGUUACUGUCUGUUGAACCCCUGGACGGUUGAUGUUUGUCAUAUAUUAUCCGAGCUUUUUCAUAUAGUGCCACUUAAACUGUAUUUCUCAUUAGGAAGUGAAGAUAUUUUUAUGUGUGUGUGUGCUACGGUAUAUUCUCAUUGACUUAAGGUGUUUUCUGUUUAAAAACAAACGUAAAUUUAAAAGAACUGGCACCAAAAUCCCCUGAUUUGCUUUAGACAGAUGAACUUAAUUAGUUUUUCCUGCCUUUAUCAUAUCAGUGUAGGUAAGUGGCAAACUUUUAUUUAGAUUUUUAAUAAAAAAGAAAUAGUACAUCUAUAGAAUUAUAUGACUUAAAUUAUUUUAACCACCAUCAGGGGGAGGGGAAAAUAAAAACUUAAUAUGGUUCUUUAUUUUAUUUUUUUUUUAAAUACACAAACUUCAGUAGUAGUUUCAUAAUAAUCCUGAUACUGAACCUCGAACAUUGGGAAGAGUGAAGAGAAACCUGAAAAUUUGUGAUAAAACAUUUUUUCAAGUGGCAAAAGAUCAAGUGUGUAUUUUUUGAGAGGAGUUGACACAACCCAGCAGAACCAGUUUUGUGAAUCUCACCGUGCUGCUUUGUCCCACUUUUGACUGUACAUACUGCAUGUACUAAAUAGGACUCUAGGACUGUAUUUUGUUUUUGUCGUUUAAUCAGAAGCUGACAACUUUUUUACCGUUCUCAAGAGCUUUGAAGUACUUGUCUUUUCAUUUUCAAUAAAUUUUCCUUUGAUUCAGG